GGGUUAGUGAAUAUCUAGAAAACAUAAUUCAAGUAUGCAACGCAUAGGAGGAGUAGAUCUCUUAUUUUGUUGUUGUUUUUAUACAUCAUAAGAUAUGAAUAGGGUUUUCCUUUUUAUUUUAAUUUUAUUGUUUACUUUUCUUGUUUAGAUUUAAUUAUGAUUGGAUAUGCCAAAAAAUCCAUUUCUAAAAAAACUUUGUAUUGCCUUAUUUUUUAAAACAGAUUAACUUAUGCUUUCUAACAAUUUCAUAUUAUCACAUGUAAAUUGGUGUCAAAUCAGUAAAUUAUUUCCUGUGAAUUCAUUUGUUUUAUUACAAUGUCAAUGGAGUCAUUCUAUCCAAUCAUAUAAUCAGACUAAUAAUAAUAAUAAUAAUAAUAAUAAUAAUAAUAAUGAGGACAGUAGUGAAUUUCUAGAAAAGCUUAAUGCUGCUAAAGACAAUCCUCCUAGUGGAUCAGCUUUAUAUCAAGAUGAUGAUCAUUUUUCUCCAGUUGUUUUUCCUGAUCCUAUAUUCAAUUGGGAAUCUAUCAGAACUAGCGUAAACGCUAGGCGUAUGCAUGAACGAUUCAAUAUUGAUAAAAUUAUAGAUUUAAAAAAGCAAAUGGAUGGUAUUCAUGAACAAAUAAAUACCUUAAAACAAGAUAGAAUUUCACUUCACAAUCAAUAUGAACAAAAUAAACAGGAUUCAGAUGAAGUUAAAGCUGCUGCACGUGCUUUACGAAGUGAACAAAAGUCACUUGAGGUAUCAUUUAAGAAGUUGGAUUAUGCAUUUAAAAAAGAAUCACUCCAUUUACCUAAUAUCAUACAUUCAUUAACUCCUGUCGAUGCAACGAAGUCACAGAAUCCAAUUAAAUCAUACCGUAAGAACAUCUGUAUUAGUAAAAAGGUACUUUGGUCUAAUCUAGCAGAUGAUAAUUACAAUGAGGUUAUUGGAACGUAUUAUACAGGUCGUUUAGCGGAAUUGGAAUACACUCACAUGAAUAAAGUAAAUGACUAUUGGCUCAGUCGAAUGAACGAAGGUCAAUCAUGCAAUUAUCCUGUUUGUCUAUCAGACAUUAUUCGUGGACCUGCGCUAGAGGCCACUUCAUGGCCAAGUGUAAAAUCUGCAAUUCGAUUAAGACCGUCGAAAAAUGAUAUGUUGUUAGUGGAAGAUCCGAAUACUGGAAUUAGUAAAUGGCUCAUCAAUCCUCAUACAACUGAUUACUUAGUCGGUUCAGCUAGUCUUGCAGCUUUUUCGGCUUAUCUUAUGCUUCAUAGAGCUAAUCUGUUCACUAAUUCAUAUUUACGCCUCGUUUCUAAAGGAUCUGUUUAUAUCAAUGACAAUGGAAAUGACGUUACUCAUAACUUAUCUGGUGAUCAAACUAUUCAACCCAGUUUCAAAUCCCCUUUUCAUCAAUCCAAACAGGUAUCUCUCCUUGAGCUUUCGAAAGACUGGAAUCAAUGUGAAGCUGGUUUUCACGUUUUAGUUGAGGAGUUAUUCAGAUUUUGGCAACAUUAUCAACCAGGCUGGUCAUACAAAUUGACUUAUACUGAGGCUCCCAAUUUAUAUCCAUGUGAAAUGUUACGUGCUGUUUUGUAUACCGACAUGAAGACAGCAAGUGAUAUCGAAAUUUCCAUUCCUCUUGCUUCAGUUUCUUUAAUGGGCGAUUGGAUUUCAAGACGAAUUAUAACGAAACUUAAGAAAAGUGAUAAAAUCAAUAGAGAUUGCGAAUCAUAUUCUUAUAUGGUAAUCAUAAUAAUAGUGUUUUUGAUUUCAUUUUUAUUUUUAGGCGAUUCGUCUUUUUGAAUUCAAAUAAUGAUUUUUAUCCACUAUCGGUUGAGGUUUAUAAUGAGAAUACAUUGUUCCUCGUUUAGUGAAUACUACUAACAUUAUUGCUUGUAAAUAAUACGUGGCAGAAUAUGGUGUGGAAGUUGUUAUAGUCGACGGACGGAGAGAAGAGUUUCAGUACAUCAAAAAGCAUGGUUAAGACAAAAGCUUGGAGACCAGAAGAGAAGAGAAUAUAGAAUCAACUGGAUCACAGAACACCCCGCAAAUGCCAAUUGAUGACUGAAGGGUAGAUGUACAGACUACAUAAACACUGUGUUCAUGAAUGCAUGGAACUUUCAAUGUUUAUUGGAUUCAUUUAAACAAAUCGGGUAUAUGGACGAGUAUUCAUGAGUAAAUAUGGAUUGAACUAUCUUAGUAAUUUCUAUCAUAAUUUUUAUUAUCUAAUUAACGUUUUUAUUUCGGAAAGAAAUAACUGUAGAGGUUUACAUUCUUUGUAUACAAUAAUCUGUGUAUUAUUUACCUUCUUUUGUAAAUGUGUGGUAUGUGAAAUAAACGAAUACUUUUCA